AGGAAAUUUUCCAAACCAGAAGUCCACUUUCUUUCAACAAAAAGUCAAAUCUCAAGCUGCUUCUAUUUUGAUCAACUAAAUCCAUUGCAGUCAUGGCUUCCUCCAGCAGUCUCCUGAGUGAAGAUCAGCUCCAGUGCUCCAUCUGUCUGGAUGUGUUCACUGAUCCAGUCUCAACUCCAUGUGGACACAACUUCUGUAUGAUCUGUCUCAAAGAGUUCUGGGACAGGAGUUCACACUGUCAGUGUCCAAUGUGUAAGGAGGAAUUCCCUAAACGUCCAGACCUACGUGUGAAUACGUUCAUCUCUGAAUUUGCUGCUCUAUUUAAGAAGGCAGUUCAGGUGAAAUCCAGCAGUGUUGCAGAUCAGGUUCCCACUAAGACUAAAAAGAUUCUGUGUGACUCCUGCACUGAGGAAAAGCUGGAGGCUCUAAAGUCCUGUCUGUACUGUGGAGUUUCUUUCUGUAACACUCAUCUGAUGCUCCAUAAAACUACACCGAAACUCAAGGAGCACAAACUGAUGGAUCCUGUGGAGAACCUGGAGGACUACAUCUGCCAGAAACAUGAGAGACCCCUGGAGCUGUUCUGUAGAGACGACCAGACAUGUGUGUGCCAGUUCUGUAUUGAAGGAGAGCACAGAACUCACAGCACUGUUCCUAUAGAGGAGGCAAUUAGAGACAAGACGACUGAGUUGGGAAUGACACAAGUGGAAAUUCAGCAGAUGAUCCAGGAGCGAGUAAAGAAGAUUGAGGAAAUCAGACACUCUGUAGAACUCAAUAAGAAAAACACAGAGAAGGAGAAAGCAGACAUUGUGGAGAUCUUCAGGGCUCUGAUGCGCUGCAUUGAGAGAAGCCAGACUGAGCUGCUUAAGGUGAUGGAGGAGAAGCAGAAAGCAGCAGAGAUGCAGGCUGAAGAGUUCAUUAAAGAGCUGGAGCAGGAAAUCACUGAGCUAAAGAGGAGAAACACUGAGCUGGAGCAGCUCUCAUACACUGAGGAUCACCUCCACCUCCUACAGAUUUACCCGUCACUGUGCAGCCCUCCACACACCCAGGACUGGACUGACGUCACAAUUAACUCUUAUCUGAGUGAGGAGACUCUGAGGAGAGCUCUGUCUCAGCUUCAGGAAACUCUCAGUGAGGAAAUGCAGAAGGUUGAAAGGACUAAACUGCAACGAUUUUCACAAUAUGCAGUGGAUGUGACUCUGAAUCCUGAUACAGCACAUCCUGAACUCAUCCUGUCUGAUGAUAAGAAACAAGUAAGACACAAAAGAGACAUGGAGCAGAAUCUCCACGAUAGCCCAAAGAGGUUUGAUGCAUCUCUUUAUGUGCUGGGAAACGAGGGAUUCUCUUCAGGAAGAUUUUACUAUCAAGUGCAGGUUCAAGGAAAAACUGAUUGGAUUUUAGGAGUAGCCAGAGAGUCGAGUAACAGGAAGGGACUGAUUAAACCUUGCCCUGAAAAUGGAUACUGGUGUGUGUGGAAAAGAAGCGAUGAUAAAUAUUUAGCUUAUGACUCUCCUCGUGUCUCCCUCUCCUUGAAACGGGCUCCUCAGAAGGUGGGGGUGUUUGUGGAGUAUGAGGAGGGUCUGAUCUCCUUCUAUGAUGUUGAUGCAAAAUCUCACAUCUACUCUUUCACUGAUCAGAAUUUCACUGAGAAGCUGUUUCCAUUAUUCAGCCCCUGUAAUGAUCACGGAUGUCGAAAUGUAGUACCUCUGGUGAUCUGUACUGUUCAUAGACAAAGGAAAAGCACCCUGGAAACGAAAUCCAACAGUUAAAAUGUUAAAGAGGGAAUGUAGAAAGUCUGAAAGAAAAUGGCGUAAAUCUAAACUUCAGAUUCAUUAUCAAAUCUACAAAGGGAUGUUAUGUAAAUACAACUUAGAAAUUUCGAAAGCAAGACAGUCUUUUUUUGUUGACAUUAUUAAUAGGAAUAUCAACAAUGCCCGUGUGCUAUUUUCUACAGUUGAAAAGCUAACAAACCCAUCAAAACAAAUGCCUUAUUAUUUUUCUUCCCCAAUUAUUUUAUGUAAUUUUAUUCUCUAUUGUUUACUGUUCUGCUUUUACUUCUGUAAAGCACAUUGAACUGCCACUGUGUAUGAAAUGUGCUAUAUAAAUAAA